AUGCACAGUAAUAGCUUUAUUAAUUUUAAGGAAAGCUGCGUUCAAACCGUUCUCAUCAAUAAAUAUAAUGUUCUGAUAGUGCUUUUUAUCAUCAAGAUUAAACUAUUUCAGGCACUCUUCCAUUCAAGUAUUGCCGUGUUGAGACAAUCAUCUUUGGGGUUAUGUUUACAAAUCAAUCGGUUCCAGACAGAGUAUAAAUCUAUGGUGGAUGAAUCUUUGGAUUCCCUUUCUUUGUUUAUUCAUGAGAUGACCAAUAAAAGCAUUCAAGUUCUUGGAUACAUUUUCAAUUUUAUCGUUGACCUUUUUCUUGGAACAUAUGUUUGCCUACUUGAUUUGAUGAUUACAUCAACAACUAGAGUUUCAGCUACAGUGGCCGAAGAAAUUGUUGACGUAGUGAAUAAUACGAUCACGACGACGGCCACUGAACUCAAUAAGCAAUUGUCCACAGUUGCGUCAGUUAUCAACAGAGUGGGCAAUUUUUUUUCCGAUGACAAUUUUAAGGCUAUUGAUUUGACGAUUGACUCGCUGAAAAAUUGGCAAAUACCAUCUUCUGUUGAUGAGAAAAUUCGUAGCUUGAACAAUGUUGAUGUCAAUCUUGACGGUUUGCUUGACGGAGUAGUAUCCAAUGUCACCGAUAAAAUAAUCAAGACUCGAUCUUUACCAGAGAAGAGGGCCAAUGAAUCUUUUACACUCAAUGAAGCAUGUAGCUCUGAUGCAGUAGCCGAUUUUUAUGACGUUUUGCACACUUCAAGCAACAGAAUGUUUACAUUGAUACUAAUUUUGAGUGUCGGCAGCAUUGUCGUAGUCACCUUAGUUCAGUUGUGGCUACAGAAUCGAAGCUUCAGGCAUAUAAGAGAGAUCGAUGAAAAAAGACCGAACAUGGAAGUUGUCUCGACGUUUGAGAACAGGUAUAUUCAUAAAUAUUGCGGUUCUGGAUAUAUCAAAUGGCUCAUGCUGUACAUUUGUUCAAGCCCGUCCAUCAAUAUUUUAGUACUAUUCUUUUUUUCUUUGUUUUCCUAUAUCAUUCAAGUUGCUAUUGUCAACAAAAUCCAGAACUUGAGCCAUGAUUGGCUGGCAGACGGAGAAUCUUAUGAUAACGACAAUCUGAACCAGUAUGUUCAGUACCAAGUAAAGUCUUAUGAAACUUAUAUCAACAACAAUAUGACACUGGCUAGCAUUCACAACACUUUCAGCAGUGUAAAUUCUACAAUGAACGACUUUAUCACAGACGUGAACGGAGGUAUAAAUAGUAUCUUCAAAGAUUCUAUAAUUGGAGAUAUGGUCAACGGAGUUGUGUAUUGUGUAAUUGGGAGGAAAUUAGAGGCAGUCAAUAAGGGAUUUGACUGGCUAACUAAAUCAACGGAGUUACAGAUUCCUACAGAGAACUACGUCAUCAGCAAUCAAGAUCAGGAUGACUUAAUGUCCAAAAUGGCCGAAGGUAUUUCUGCACUAUGCAAAUACUACAAACAGAAUCUCACAUGGGAACUCUGGCAAUGCUUAUUAUUUGGAUUGUUAUGGAUGGUUCAGCUUAUGAUAGGUAUACUGAUAUCAAAAUUUCAGCAACAACCAGAGCAACAAUGUGACGAUAAUCCUUUCAUUCAUCCGGAAUUUAUACCAUUCAAACCAUAUGAGACGUAUCAUCAUACAAAAAAUGAUGUAAUUGCAGAAACACUUAAUCGAAUCAAAAGAAAUGAAUCUGUUCCAUCGUUCAAAGCCGACUCUCUAUCAUUAAGCAGUAUCCUGGACAAUGCUGCAAAACGACCCAAAUAG